AUGCUUCUCUUGUCUGCCGCAGCUAGGGGGCGCUCCAGCGGUCUCCUUAGCUGUUCUUCCUUGUCGCCAACAGAUUACACGCAGGGAGGGGACUCAACUAGUCCGAUGGAGCAGGGCAGAGGAACAGACUACAAGUGUCCUUACUUCUUUGUAAAACCAAAUGAUGCAUCUGUUGAUGAACCAAUGAGUUCAUCUACAAAAUCUGAAGUUAAUGGUGUUCAAACAAGAACAACAACUGAGCCAGAGCCACCUUUGAUUCAAGGAGUGGGUUCAAGAACCAGGGUUCGAUUUCAGCUACCUGGUGAGAAACAGCUCAUGGAAGAAUCUGAUCAGCUUUUGCAAGUGAAGAUUUUUAAGGAAAAAAGGAUUUUGCAGGGUUACAUGGUGGGAAUUAAGCUAGAUUGGAGAGGCAAUGCUAAUGGAGGGCCAAUCGAAUGGGGUAACACCUUGAUUCAAUCAAAACUUGUUCCGGUCGUCUGUGGGAUCUCAGUCGUAACUACCUCAAUGGAACUUUACCUCCCCCAAUGGGCUACUAUGCGUUUGGUUGACCUCUCUCUCAUGGUAAACAAAUUAUCCGGCCCAUUUCCAAGAGUUCUCAGCAGAAUAACUACCCUUGUUCCUUUAACUGCUGUUACAUCAAUCAUUGAUGGCUUAAAGAAGCUCUACAUCCAGAAGCUGAAACCUUUAGAAGUCACAUAUUGGGGACCAGAUUCUGACCCCCCGAAUCCCAUAUUUUUCUACCCUAUUAUAUCCCAGCAUGUUGCUACUGAAGGCACAACCUUGGUCAAACAGGAAGAAGAUGCUGCAAGUAAUAAGAAGGCAGAAAAGAGAUUGCAUGUUGAUCCUGCUACAUGGACAAUAAUGAUCUUUAGGGCCUGCUAGAAGGAUUGGAGAUUGCAGUUAAGCUUCUUUCUAAGACUUCAUGCCA